CGGCGCAUCCCUUUCCCCGAGCGGUGUCGGGGCUUUGGCACAAAACGCGCUGCUUCCACCCAACAAAAGCCUUCGCUGCAUUGUUACGGUAGAAAGUCCUUAAUGGGUAGUAUCAUCUACCGUGGCCUUAUCGCAACAAAGUGACGGAACAGUUUUUGAAAAAUUGAAAAGGCGAGACRUCGAGGAUAUACGGCAUGUUCAAUCCUCUCGAUAUUCCUGCAUACCGCAUUCCAAAGAGAGAAUCUUGGCCAAAAGGKUCAUAUGUCCGCAAUCAUUUCGGCCAGAGYGUACUGUGGCUAGAMAGGCGUGAUGGAGGAUACCAUAUGUCGACCGAUGCCCUCGAGAAGUACCGUCUUCUGGGAGACGGGCCGGUGGAUCGAAUAUUGGAUCUCCUAGAAAAAGACGGAAGGGGACUUCGUCGGGGUGACGAUUUGCUGGUGAUGGCGGAAAACGCAUUGAGGAAAAGAUGUCCGUCGCAGGGGAUGGCCGAAAAAGAGAUGGCAAAUUUUCUCGAAACAUACCUCCGGAUGCCAGACUGGGUAGAUUUGAGUCAGAUAAAACGGGGGCAAGAAGUCCACCUCGCUUAUCUGCCAGCGGUGUCAUUGUCGCUGUACUAUCGGAGUUUGAUCGCGGGGUUUUCRAUUCCAAAGAUAGCAGAAGUCAUUCAAGCUACGGCUUACUUGGCACCGCCUUCACGGCCCGACCAAGCUCUCCAGAGACUGCUGGAUACCGGGGAAUUUGUAAUCGCUUGCACAGCCCUUGGCGUAGACGCAUUGCUGCCCGGCGGAACAGGAUGGAGAACAGCGCUGCACGUUCGAUUCCUUCAUGCAAAGGUGCGCCAUGCAAUUCUCAAGAAGAGAGGGACGAAAAAGUGGAAUGUCGACGAGUUUGGAAUUCCCAUCAAUCAAGAGGACAUGGCGGCAACACUAUUAGCUUUUAGUACAAACGUUCUUAUCGGAAUAGAURUCAUAUCCGGAACGUCGUUAUCAGAACAAGAGAAACUCGAUUAUCUGGCGUUGUGGAGGUAAGCAUUUGAUUGUGAUUUCUAGGAGAGAAYUUUGGUAAAUCUUUUUCGGCUCACAACAACACAAUCUGUAAAUUCAAUUGCAUAGGUAUAUUGGGUGGCUUCUAGGGGUAGAAACUGAGUUUGAUAGCAGAGUAGAGGGUCAACCUACAAUGGAGGAAUUGCCCCCUCUAGAUCCCUGUGGUCCAGGAGUUGGUGUCGAACCCAAUCCGAUACAGCAUUCCCAAUCAAUCUUUCAGUCCGUAAUUUUUCAUCUUCUCCAUCCCAAUGAGUCAUCUUUCAAGAUAGCCCACCACCUGCUCAAAGUGACGGACAGGAGGCCUCGAUCUCUCCAAAUCGAAAAAAUUCCUGCUCAAUUUUACAAAAACUGGAUGUUUUAUUACCGUUGCUUCAACUGUAGGCGACUGAUAGGAAAUCCCCUCGCGGACGCUCUCUUGUUGCCGUAUCAUCCGGAUCGGGUCGCGCGGAUAAACAUCUAUCUGGUAUCCACGUUCUCCCUGACGUUGAUGAGGAUUUACAGCAAGGCCGCUAGRUGGAUUGGACCGGUGAGGAGGUGGAUCAUUCGCUGGCACUCGAAAAUGUCGGUUGCCUUUCACGAAAAAUGGACGAAGACCCACAAGUCCAAAAUGGCGAUGGCCUUGGCCAAAAACGAGAAAUGCAGCGUCCUCUUCGAAACCGCGGAAAACGAUGGUCUCGAUGUCGAUGAUCGCGCGGCCUCCAUCUGCCCCUUUGCAAUGACAGCAACGGUAGAGUGAAAAUGUACAUAAGAACUACUAUAGUGCUCAUUUGAAUCGGUGAGACCAGAAACAAAAUAUUUUGCUACAGAAUGAAUACGCUUUCAUCUAGAAAACAUUCAACCUUUAAUUUUCAUCAAUGCAUUCCAAUAAAGAAUGCUUAGACCAUGGAAAUUGAGACGUUGAUCAGUCCCUCAAUACAGUAAUCUAUUCGAUCUAACGUACCGUAGGUCGUUGGAUUGUGAGGAUAUGUGUGUACAGAUACAAUAGUACUGUACGUACUACUAGUACAUACAGUACCAUGUACUGUUCGGUAUGCACCGUAUCUUGUCACUGUACAAUGCUCGUAGGAUUACACGCACUCCCUCCAGCAACMGUUACCAGUUCUACGGUACUGAUUCUACGGUACUGAUACUACUAUUGCGAUGUUUCGAGUUUCGACGAACCAUUUGCCCGAUACCAACCUCCUGCUCCGAGGCCCUCAUCUCAGUUGAACGACAUCUCGAUCCCGCUGUUAGGACGAAAGCGCAGGAUCGAACCAAACGCAAAGCACAACAAACUGCUACUCAUCAAACCAAAUCCAAAUCCAAAUCCAAAUCCAAAUCCAAAUCCAAACCAAACCAAACCACAAUGCCGGACGACUCGAAGAGCACACUGGACCGGGCGAAGGAGAACCUGAUCAGGUUUCUCUCCCCCAACUCGAAGCCGACCAUGGAGACCUUUCCGGAGCUGAUCGACUGCGUGGUUUGGCUGCGGUUUUCCCUGGCACUCUUCUUCGGAUUGUGGAUCGGAAACGAGAACCCCAGCAAGGGCGGGACCAACCUCAUGCUCGGGCUGAACCUGAUCGCCUUUGUCCCGAUCCUCUACUGCCAGACCUUUCUCGGGGCGGACCAGGAAUCCUACGGCCCCAAGCUGCUCUUCUCCGGGAUCGUCCAGGGCCUCGCCCUGGCCGUCCUGAUCUGGAUCUAUUGCUACACCGACCAGCACCCGGAGGACGAGGCCGCCUUUGUCGAAGCCUACGGGAACCCGUGGAACGCCGGAGCGGCGGCCACCGGCGCCGGCCUUUCGGGGGAGGCCGGGGAAACACCGCCUCUGGCCGAGGAGUCCGAGUUUUGAGAACGGGAGCGGGCGGGAAGGCACAGCGGGCACGCCCCGAUUCGAUUCGAUUCGAUUCGAUUCGCUGCGUUGAGAGUGCUACUGGUAGCACGGAUCGGGGCCGAACCACUUGUAUUGUUGACUGCAAAAAUAGCACGGCGUCUGGUACUAGGAAGCACGGCAUUUGGUUAGGAGUGAACAAGCUUCUAGACUGGUGGUGGAAGCCGGGGUAUCAAGGUCGCUGUUUCUCUUCUAAAGGUGAAAAACAUGUGAUGUAAAAUCGACGAUUCCAAAAGGAUCGAAAUAUAAGCAUUGAAUUAGU